AUGCUUAAUCAUAUCUUCAUUUCCUUUUCUCUCUUUUUCGGCGUUGUUUUCAACAGCCCUAUCUCAAAUCCCGUUCAAAAUGGAGUCGACUAUGAAUGGCUCGGUGGUGGUGUUGAAGGUGAUAUGAUCUUUCAUGAUGGAUUUGAUCCGAGAUUCGAAGCCACUGGAAGAGGUGUUGCUCUUUGGGGACCUCGUCGAUGGUCUAAAAAUGAAGUACCCUAUGAUUUAUCUUUGAUAACAAAUGCUGGACACCGUCAAAUGAUUGAAUCAGCAAUGGCAAAAUUAGUAGAAGUUACUAGUACACAUAUACCAGAUCAAGGAAUCAGUAAAGCAUGUAUUAAAUUUCGACCAAAAUUACCAAAAGAAAUCAAUGUUCUUAAAGUCGAAUAUGGAACUGGUUGUAGUGCAACAGUUGGUUUUUCAUUUAGCCCAAAUACUAUGUCACUUGCUUAUCCUGGAUGUUUUUCUUCUGGUACUAUUCAACAUGAACUUUUACAUGUUCUUGGUUUCUAUCAUGAACAAUCACGUCCUGAUCGUGAUUUAUACAUUACUGUUAAUCAUGGCAAUAUUCAAAAAGGUCAUGAACACAACUUUUCUAAAUAUAGAUGGGGUAAUACAGUAUUGAAUCAAAAUACUACUUAUGAUUUCAAUAGUAUUAUGCACUACGGUACAAAUUAUUUCAGUGGUAAUGGUCAAUCAACGAUAACGCCCAAUGUACCCGGUGCAAGAAUCGGUCAAAGAGAUCACCUUAGUCCAAUUGAUAUUGCUGAAGUUCGUGCAUUGUACGGUUGUUCAGAUUAA